CUCCAAUGUAGGCCUAGCUGGAGGUUAAUCUAUACGGUGUUAGUCGGUGCAGCCAGACUGCAAGAGAGGUCGUUCCGUCUGGGUGGCGGGGCCUUUAAGAAACGCAUAGCUCCCGAUAAGAUUCAUUUCUGUCCUUCCUCCGCUUCCCUGGUUGAGGGAAGGUAUUGUAGCAAGUCUUUUAAUUGUUCAGCUGGACUGAUAAUAUAGCUAUGUCGGACUACAGCAGUUCUCCCGGGUCGGAGCCUAAGAGCCCUAAUGAGAUAAUUGAUGAACAUCAACCGCUCACGGCGAUGGAAGAAAAGGCGAUCCUACGUCGCAUUGACCUCUGUCUACUUCCUCUGAUGUUUGUCUCGUACCUGCUACAGUAUCUGGACAAGACCGCGAUGUCGUAUACCUCCAUCCUUGGGCUGUUGCCUGGAACGCACAUGAACACCGACCAGUACUCAUGGGCCUCUAGUGCGUUUUACUUCGGCUACAUGGUGGCAUCCUAUCCUGUAUCCAUAGGAUUUGUCAAGUUUCCCAUUGGGAAAUAUCUCUCAGUCAUGAUGAUCAUCUGGGCAAUCAUCCUGACAUGCCAUGCGGCGGCCUCCAGCUUCGCAGGUAUAACAACACUGCGUGUAUUACUUGGCGUUUUUGAAAGUGCCAUCAGCCCGGGUUUCACCAUCGUGGUAGGCAUGUGGUACACACCCUCCGAGCAUGCGCUUAGAAGCUGCAUCUGGUUCUCUGGCAACGGCGUUGCGUCUAUCUUUGGAGGAGUUCUCUCGUACGCAAUCGGCCAUGUUCACAACCGCCUGGGUCCAUGGCAGUGGGUAUUCAUAAUCUUUGGCAUCAUCACCCUCAUUUGGUCAAUCUUCCAAUUCUUCGUCCUACCCGACUCACCAUUAAAUGCCAAAUUCCUCUCCCCCUCGCAACGCGGCCCAGCCUACCGUCGCGCCCAAGCCUGCCAACAAACCUACCAAAGCCGUGAAUGGAAGAAAGACCAAUUCAUCGAAGCCCUCAUCGACCCCAAAACCUGGUUCCUCUUCACCUACAACUUCCUAGUUUCCCUCCCCAACGGUGGAAUCACCAACUUCUCAAGUCUAGUAAUCGCCUCCUUCGGCUUCGACACCUUCAACACCCUUCUCUACACUAUCCCCAUGGCAGCAGUAGCCCUGGUCUUCCUCCUCCUCAGCGCCCUCACCUGCAACCGCUUCCGCGGUCUCCGCUGCUACUGGAUGAUCAUUACUCUGCUGAUCAGCCUAAUCGGCAUCCUUCUCAUGCGCCAGCUCCCGGUCGAGAAGAAAUGGGGCCGUCUGGUAGGCGUCUGGCUGGUCACUGUCUUUGGUGCCGGAUUCCCCCUCAGCCUUAGUCUAGUCUCGAGUAACUUCGCAGGCUUCACGAAGAAGACUACCGUCACUGCGAUCUUGUUUAUUGGGUAUUGUGUGGGGAAUAUUGCGGGGCCGCAGCUUUUUAAGAAGAAUCAGGCGCCACAUUAUUAUUCUGCCUUCGCCGCCAUUUUGGCUUGUUUUUGUAUUGCUAUUCUUGAUGUCGCUUUGCUACGUAUUUACAUGAUUUGGGAGAAUAGAAGGAGGGAUCGGAAGCAGGGCCGUGUUAUUGAGCCCGAGACUCCGGAUGCGGAGGGCUCAGAAGACUCGACUGCUAGGAGGGAAGUGGGUGAUGUGUCGGAUUGGCAGAACCAGAAUUUUCGAUUUUGUUUGUAG